AUGUUGCUCAAGAUGGCGACCAACAUUUCGGGGAUUCCGGUUGUUGACUUCAGCGCGAUGAGUUUACAAAACGAUAGUUCAAUGAGGGAAAAUAGUGAUGCUGUGAAACAGUUGGCUGAUCAUGUUCAUCAAGCUUUUAGCACGAUUGGAUUUGUGUACCUCAAAAACCAUGGAAUUCCACAAGAAAAGGUAGCCUGCAAACACGUAUAAUUACAGAUCACUGUACUGUACUCAAACCAAAUAGAUAAAAACCCGGGGGGACUUCCUUAUAUGAGCCCAGUAGGUCAGGGUAGGGUUUUUGCGCCUUUUCGGUCUGAAAACGCUUAUAUUACCUAUUGGGUAUCCGUAUGGAAUUCGACCCAGCCGCCGCCCCAAUCGAUGAAAUUCGAUUAUCGAUAAAAUCGAUGGCAAAUUGAUUUUAGUCGAUAGUAUUAGGUAGUAUUAAUAUCGGAAGUCGAUGAAAAUCGAAGAUCAAAAGAGUAGUGAGAAUCGAUUUUCAUUGACUUGAUCAAUUUUUACCGACUGUAUCGAUAAUGUCAAUGUAUCCUGCGAAUGGCAGACGUUUCUCCUCGUUCAUCAUCGUUGAGGGAUGUUUCGCAAGGAGGAACGUUUGUGACUAGGCGACAGAAAUUCCAUACUGAUGACGCAAAAAUUAUCUGAAGAAGCGUUUAAUGGUCGACAGAGUAGUUUCAUUGUUUUAGCUAUUGUUUACAAAUGACAGACAAAAGACAAAAGGUUGCAAAGGUCAAAUGUAAACGCGAUAAAUCUCUAACAAAACAGUCAAUAUAUGUGGAAUAUAGUAUUCUCUAGAAGUAACAUUUGAGUUUUCCUAGAGCUCAUUCGCAGAUGAACACAACACUUUACCAAAAUUGACCAGGAGAAAUGUAAAAUUGAACAAAUUUGCAUUUGGCACCCCAUGACUACUGGAUUUAUUAUGUAAACAUUGAUUUACAUCAUCAGUAUGGAAUUUCUGCCGCUGAGACGCAGACAUUUCUCCUCGCGAAACGUCCCUCAGUGGGGAUGAGCAAGGAGAAACGUCUGUCGUUCACAGGCUAUUGUCAAUGGGGAAACCGGUCAUUUCGAUACAAGUUGUUAACUUCAAGUAUAGUUUGCGCGUGAACAAGAAAAAGAUUUUGGGGGAAUAUUAUUCGUUCUUUAAGCCCAGUAUGUGGUACCACUAUUACACCUCGACUGAAUAAACUUGUAUCAAAACAACCAGUAACCGUCAAUGGUAAUCAAUUAAUAAUGAUUUCAGACACAUCUGAGCUACGCAAUUAAUUACUGAAAGUUUUACCUACUGUAAUUUUUUUCUCUUCCUAAAAAGAGACUUGUCAUUCAAUUGCUGCUUUUCCUCUAAAUGUUUCAAAAGUACAAAAAAUUUGAAAGUGUGUUGAAAACUUUCUUUAAAAAGUCUGGAGCGUUCAUUUCACAAGUCAUUUGACAACUCACGAUACUUAAGCAAGACUGACUGAGUCCAUGUGGACAGAUGCGUAACGCGCUAUUGGGCAGGCCUUGUUCUGGGUCCACAACGAACAGGAUGAAUUACUGGAAAUGCGUUUUGAAUUUCCCUUCAACCUGAUAGGCAAAUUGGCAAAGGCUUUUUUAUAGUGUGACUACCACCUUGACAAAGUUAAUCAAUAGCAUUACAGGAAAAUAAUCAAUACAUUCCGAGCAAGUCAUCUUUACUACGAAGCGAAAUAAACAAAAUGGCUUGAAAUAAACCAAUUACAACCUACUACUGAGUCAGACGUGACCUUACCCGCUGAAGAAAGCCUCUGUUUCCUGAGAGUUCCGUUAGAGUAAAUGAUGGAGGUGAAAAACGUCAAUGCUAGUUAUAUUUUGACUUGAAUUUGCAUGUUUAUGCAAAGCCCAGCAGCUGUGGCAAGGAAAUUGCUGGUAGAUGAAAAAAUAACAGCUUGUGUCAAACAAAUGUCUCUGGGGUGUUGUAUCUAAAGUUUCAAAUAGAAAAAAAUAGUCUGGUGAAACAUUCUGCUUUCUUAAAAAAGAUUUGCACUCAACAUAAGUAGGUUAUUGUUUUUUUAUGCUGCAGAUUGGUUCUCAAGCAACUUUCUCGAUGUUUUUUCCUGUAAUCCGAUCAGUUAUGGUUCAGUCCUUUCGUUUACAAAAUUACUUUUUAAAGUGAAACAAAGUUUUUCUAUGAACCUCCUGGUUCAAUAAAUGGGUUUUAUUACUAACUAGAAUUUGUGUAGUAUCUUUCAUUUUUGCAGCAUUAAUAUUACAUGAUAACAGUGAUGUUAGAUAACUAUUUUGCACAAACUCGAUUUGUUUCAAAAUUAUGUAUAUUUUACUUUACAGAUUGAUUCUGUUUUUGAGACAUAUGAUACCUUUUUUAACUUACAUGUUCAAGUGAAAGAAAAGUAUGCAAAGAAAGAAGGUACUUCUCCAAAUGGUUGGGAUGCAAUUGAAAGAGAGAGGUGGGUGAACAUGAGACUGCUUAUAACUUUGUAAGCUUUUUGUGGACUAUCUCAGCGGGGGUUUUCAUUAAACAGUUCCAAAGGGUGGAAUGGCCAGGUGUCUCUCUCAUUUUAUAGGAGUGUCUGCUAUGAUUAUUAGAGAGGGCGUUUUGCUGGAUUGAAAAAGUCUCUAGUGGGCAUUCAUAUAUUUAUCCAGGAGUCUCCCAGUCUCCCAGGCAGGUCACGUAUUCUCACCGAUGAAAUGGACUUUAAAACUUUUCUGUGGAACAUUUAGUUUGGAAUUUAUCUUGUUUUCUCCCAAAAAUCAAAACAUCAUUUGAUUCAUUUUCUGAGGCAUUUAUGCACAUCAAAAUUUCUUCUAUAAGUUCUGAAUUUUGAUGGUCUGUACUGUAUGUUAGACUUCUAAUAGUGUCUUAGUAUAAGUCACACCCAUGGUAUAAUUUGGGGACACAAUUGAGUUGUGUUGGGGUUUGUUUAAUGGUAGAGCUUGCAAGGGACUGUAAGGGGGGUGGUGGAAUGCAGAAGAGAGAAUUUCAAGAUUUUAGAUCUCCAGAGGUUGUCAUCCCCUUGCAUUAUGAUAGAAAUCCUCAUGGGUCAAAUUUAUUUGGUAGAGACCCCACAGGGAAAGCUGAUUCACCAACAUAAUAAUUUGUGGAAACUUUGCCAGAGACAACAAUAAUGUGGUAGAAAUUAGGCAUCAAUUUUUUCAACACAAGAACAAGUAAAAGUACAUAAUAGUGACGUUGAGUUGGUUAUAGGGCUGAAGAAAGAUAUUGCUGUCCUUAAAAGCUCUGUCUUUAUGAGGGAAACAGUCCUUGUAGUCACAAUGAUUGUUACAUUGUAAAUCCAGACAAAUGUUAUUGUGACCAGAAGAUUCUGAUUGUUUCUGCUGUCUAUGCAUGUAGCUUCCCUGCAUUAGGCCCUGUUAGGGUAAAAUUCUGACAAGCAACAUGGCCUUGACAUAGGAAAGCAGAAAAAAAAAAUAUCGACAGCAACAUGGUUUCCUCCUCAAUAAGCGAAACGACAGGCUUUGAAAUCCAGACUAGCGACAUAGGUACCCCCCCACUGAGAGGGCCUAACUUCCCCCCUCCUUUUGUUUACUGGCACUGCUAUUCAUAGUUUAUGAGCAAUACUGUAUUGCCACAAAGGAGCACAUUCCUUGAAAAGACAUUCUUUUAAUUAACACAAUGUUUUCAUAAUUAGUGAAGGUUAGUGAAACCAUACUCCAAAUACCCUGCCUGCUUAAAAUCUGGUCAGUAACAAUUGGCGGCAUGCUGCAGGUGAAAUGAGUUCACUUUCCCUCUUGACCAACGGCCAAACCAAACAGACUUUUAGAAAGUCUGUGUUCAUAACAUCAUGGUCUUCAUUCUUUUCAUAAAUCUAAAAUAUGUAAUAAAAGAAGGCAAUUCAAUAGAUGCCUGUGAGAGGCAUUGUAGGUGGCAAUAGACCUCUGUUUGCCAGCUUUCGUUAAAAUCCCUGUGUUCCCCAUGGUAAAGUAUUGUAUUUAUUUGAUUAAACAUCUCCUUCAAUUAACCAAUGCAGAUGGAAGCAAAAUUACCAAAAAAGCUGCCGUUAAAUGAGCGGCGAACAUAAUUGAAAGAAUGGGGCAUUUAUUCGAGGCAGUCUGCAACUUGGUAAUUUACAACAUUCAGACAUUUAUGAUUCUAUCUCAGCAAAAUGCAUAGGAACCUUUAAAUUACAUAAUAUUUUCAAAUGAUAUAUACUGUAACUGCUUUCAGUGAUUUUAAAAUUAAACUCUGCCCUUGAAUAAACGCCAUGGUGUUUAACAGAAUAAAUAUAGUAUUUGUUUAAUACAUAUACUUUUCUGUUUUAUUAGUUUUCUAUUUUACCUAUUCUUUAUAUUCUUUGAAAGUGCAAAUUGUCCUGUUUUUUUUUUUUUGGUAGCACUAACCCUGACAGGCCUGGUGAUCUUAAAGAAUCAUUUGAUGUUGGAGCUGUCUAUGAUGAAAAUUUUGUAGGUUAAUAGCAGUUGUUAUUCUAGAACAGAAUAAAAUUGAAAAACAAGUUAAUCAGGCUUUGUUCAGUUCACUUAUUCAUAUUAUUAUACAUUGUACUCACUAUCUGGCUUCUAAAUGGCUAAGAGCCUACAGCUAAUUUUGGAAAUCAGUGCAACCUACAGAUUAACUGACUAACAGAUAACUGACUAAUCUGUAGGUCGCAUGGGCAGUGCAUGAUUUGCAAUAACAAUAUCAAUUCAGGUUCAUUGUGAUGGUGGAUUUGAUGUUAUUUUCUUCAAAACAAUGUGAUAUCCUACACUGUAAAUAAUCAAGGUCUCAGUAAGUAUUAUCAGCCUCGGCCUUUGGCUCGACUGACAACUCUUACCUCGACCUAGAUUUUUCUGGAUAUCACAAAAACCUCAUCCAAUAAUUGUUUAUUAUCACUCAUGUCUACAGAUCAGAUUUAUCAUUGCUGCUAUUAAAUUUGGUCUGUUGAUUUUUAAGCUGCCAAAAUGUUUGGAGUUGAAAUGGUUUUGACGAAGGUUGCAACACCUGAAAUCUACCUGAAAGAUCUAACAGAAUCAAGUGUGUGCAUGGGACCGUAGACCUCUUUCAUAAUGGUGGCCUAUUAAUAUAUCCUUUUAUAUGAUGAUAAUUAUCCUUUCUGACGUCGUUUGAAAGAAAGUUUUUUUUGUAUUUUUUGUGUGCUAAUGAGGUCAGUAAGGCUAAUUAUCAUACAUAUAAAAAGAAUAUAUUAAUAGGCCACCAUUUAUGAAAGAGGUCUAUUCCCAGACCUAAACACAAUACACAAUGAUCGAAAAAAUCUUAAGAAUACUGAAAGAUUUGGUGGAAAACGUUAAUUGGUAAAUUUAAUCUGGUAUUUUAAUUACAUUUAGUGUAAAAUAAGAUAAUUCUAGGUUUUAAAAUGCAACAAAAGAUUUCAAUCUGUCGUUAGUUUUUUAUUGUUGUCAUUAUUCCUUUAUUCGUUAUAGUACUACAGUUGACUCCUGAUAACUCAAACCCUCUAUAACUCGAACCUUCCGCUAACUCGAAGCAAUAUUAACUUCCCUUCAGAUAGUUUUCUAUAUAAUUUUACCCUCAAUAACUCGAACUUUUUUCUAUUUCCUUUGAAGGUUCGAAUUAUCAGGAGUCGACUGUAAUUGUUACUGGACAUGAUUAUUAUUAUUGUUAAUAUUAUUUGUUAAUUGAUUAAUACCUCUUUGUUACAGAACUGGCCUAAUACUGAUGUGCCAAACUUUCAAGCCAAUGUGAUGUCUAUUUAUAAAUGUUUAUCAGACCUUGCUCUAAGGGUGCUGUCUGUGAUGGCUGUUGGCCUUGGAUUGGUAAGAAAAACAAAGAAUAACAAAAGCUUUCACAUUUUUCCUUACCUCUGUGUCUUUCUCUUGCAACUAAUCAUCGCUUGAAAGCUCACUUUGUUGAAAAUGGCUUUGUACGUGUUUCAAAGUAUUAUUCAUCAGCAAUUCUUGUAUAGGCCACAAUGUGGUUGAAAGAGAGAACAUAUUUGUUCCCUCUUGCUGUGUGAGUCAUCUACACAGCUAUUUUGCAGGCUUGUCCCUCUCUCUGAACUCACCUCACAACCAAAACCCGUCACAGCAUGGAUUUCUACAUUACAGAGUGACCUCCCAUAUAAAAUCUUAGCUAUGCCCUUGUCAUUAAUUAAUGCAAGUAUACAUUUGUGACUACUGUAUUUUCUUGAACUUAUAAACGUGAGAAAAAAACAGCUGACAUUUUCCAACACCACCAACUGUUUUCCUUGUGAAAUGACGGCCGAGGGACAGUCACAGAAAUUCUAUACUGAUGACAUGUCUCAGCUACUCAGAUCUGGGUUGUGUUUCUGACCGGUUGAAGCAAAAUGUCAGCUGUUUUUUCAGGCUAUAGAUGUAAAAGCCACCCUUCAAAAAUGUGGUUUUCGCAAACAGUAAAUGAACAUGGAGUGAUGAAAAAGUGAUUGAUUUUCCUUUUUUUAAAACAGAACCCAGAUGCAUUUGCUUAUGCCUAUGAAAAGAGGGGAACAUUAUUAGGAGGGACUCAGUUAAGGUAUAAUUUCUACCCCAUGAUAACAGAUAUUACCAAAGUCAAGCCAGGUCAGAUUCGCUGUGGGGAACACACGGAUUAUGGUGGGAUUACACUACUGAUUCAAGAUGAAGUUGGUGGACUGGAGGUUAGAAUGUUACAAUGCUUUUAACCCUUAGCCUUUUCCAGGCGUUCAGAUAGUGGGGUAAGGUGCAAAGUCAGAGAGAGCGGGGAAAAAAUAAGGAGGACAUCUCCUACCCCACCCCAACCCCUUGCUAUUUUUCUCUCCUCACAUCUCUUGGUACGGUCCCCACCAUCUGAACUCCUGUAACAGGCUAUUUUAAUCUUUAAUUUGUUUAAGCGUAACAAUGUUUUACAGCAAAGAGCCCAAAAGUGUCACCACUUUUGAUUUAUUCAUAUUCUUUCCUGCAGAUUUAAUCCAAUCAGAAGCCAGCCGGAAACUGUUCUUGACUUUUGAUUGGUUAAUGUCUGCAUGAAAAAAUGUUAGUUAAUUCAAGGAGGUCAGACUUUUGGGCCCCUUGCUGUAAGACCUUUUCCAAGAACAAACUAUAACUUUAUUAUAUGAAACUUCAGUUGUGGGGAAAAUUUAUACCAUCCAAGUCAUUGACACUACGGUAACUAUAUAGUGAUGCUCAAUUGUGCGGCUUUUCCAAAAAAAAAAUAAUAGAGGAUUAAAAUAAUUAAAAUUAAGUCAGUUUAAUCUUUCCUACCUGACAAUCUUGUUGCUUGAACAGUUUGCAUCAAGAAGCUGUUAACAUAUUGUUUAAGUGGCUUGUAUUGACAUUGUUUUCUAACUGAAAAAUAACGUGUACCAAGGAAGGUUGUACAUCUUCCUCUAACUUACUAGAAAGCCGAGAGGCCAGUUUUCUUAAGAAGGCAUUUUGGUUUAAUUUAGGUUACUAAUAUUGAAGGACAGUUUGUGCCUGCCAGACCCAUGAAAGGAACAGUACUGGUGAAUGUUGCAGAUUUGAUGGAGAGAUGGACUGCAGAUCAACUCAAAUCAACGGUAGGUCAUUUGAACUGCUCCUCAAGCUCACCACUUUGUUUGUUCCUUUGCUUAUGAGGGUGAAAACGGGCAAAAGAGUAUGGAGCAGCUCGUUAAUAUUAAAUACGGGGCGCUUUCCAUUUAGUCAAAAUUUCCGGAAUUUCUGGUUCGGCGGUAAAUGGAACACGUUUCGUCGGCUCGUCCCACUGGAAAAUUCCCAGAAAAAGUGGAAAAUCUAAAAAGGUGGGCUCGUUUUCCCGGUUGGAAUUUCCGAAGGGAAUGUCGUGUUCCAUUUACCUUUCUCGUAGUUUGUACCAGUUCCAGGUCCACGGUCGGGCAUGGCGACGUACCGGUGUUUACGACCAAAUGGAACUACUUUUUACCAAUCGGAAAUUCCACUUUUGCGCCCACCGAAAUUUCCGGGUUUUUUUCCUAAAUGGAUAGCACCCACGUUUUCCUUUAUCCCCAGAAUUACGAGUUUCUUUUUGUUCAAAAAGUCAUGCACCUUAAUUUUUAGGGAGUUAUUAUAACUCCAAAAAUGGAGUAAAAAUUUUAGGUACAGGAUAACCCCUUUUUUGGGGUUAUUUUAACUCCUAAUUUAACUCCGAAUUUGGGGUCAUUUUUAUUCCUGAAAAAGAUUUUUUUUUUACUCCCAGUCUGGAGUUAAAAUUACUCCGAAAUGGGGUUACUUGUACUCCUUACAUGGGUUGUUUUUACUCUUUUUGGAGUUAAUUUAACUCUGAAAGUGGAGUAAAAAUUUUAGGUACAGGAUAACUCCUUUUUUGGGGUUAUUUUAACUCCUCGAUAUCUGGGGUCACUUUUACUCCUGAAAAAGAGUUCUUUAAACUCCUUUUUGGAGUUAAAGUAACUCCACGAAAAAUAACUCCACUGUAAGGAGUUAAAUUAGUCCCACUAGAGGAGUUAUUAUAACUCCCUGAAAAUUACAGUGUGCUGUUCGAAACAAGUUAUUUUGACAAAUGGCGCCCACAAGUCCGCAUUUUCUGUUUCCAGACUCUUAAAAGACUUUUGAAGUUAACUGUCAAUGAAUGCUGGAUUUAGCAUUAAACUAUGAACAUUGAAUAUCACGACCUUAGCUUUGAAGUACUUUGCUUAUGGUGCAAAUUUAUCUCGUUUUACCCUGGUCAAGGCUUGAACAAGCUCUUAGGGCUCUUAGGACGUAAAUGUACAUUAUCUUUCCUUAUUUUAUUCACUCACUUUGUUUGAGCUCUGGACAAUGUAUUGUGACUAAUUGUAGCAUUCUACAACUUCACAUAGUAAAAGCUUGUUUCUUGUAGCACAAAUACGUAAGAACAAUUCUGACCGAGGAAAUGCCUGGUUCCUACUGAGAAGAAUUUUAAAAGCAUGUUUGCAAUGACAGUUGCGAUUACGUCGAGACUUUUCCCGUGGAAUAAGGCCGUUCACUCUAGAAAAAAUUAAACUGGUUCAGUAACCACUUUUUCUCGAGAUAAGCUAAUGGCCUUACCCUGGCAAACAACAAUCACGAAAGCUACCGAAAAUGUGUGUCCUGAAGUUUCUGCAUCCAACAAUCACUAAUCAAUAAAUUCCUUGAGUAAAAGACUGCGAGCGGUGAGUCGCGCGGGAAACAAGUAUAUAGCCAAAGUGGAACCUAAAAAUCUUUGCAAGCGGUCAACAUUGGCCGAUUUUUGGUGCUCUUACGUCAUAGAUUUAUUGUUGCCCACUCUGAGACUUUUGGCGGGAAACAGUUUUAUUGUCAGACGUCAGAUGACCUUGAAGUAAAAAAUGAGGCAACGCAUUAUUGGGAAAAAUGCCAGCAAUCCCAGCUAUGUAACAUUAAUGUUUCGAAACAGUUUUUUCAGGCAACAUUGGCUUUACUAGUUACUCUUCAUUAUUUAUACAGGUUCAUCGUGUGCUUAUACCGGAAGAUGAAAUCAGGCGACGUGUUCCACGACGCUCCUUAGUGUUUUUUGUUGAUCCUGAUCACGAGGCAGUUAUUACCUGUCUGGACGGCUCUAAUAAAUAUCCACCAAUCACAUCAAAGGAUUGGAUUAGCAAGAAACUUGAAGAAACAUAUAAAUAUUGAUAUGUGAAUUAUGGCAUCUAACAAGUCUUCUAUAACAGUAGUUAGCGUACACUACUUGUGAUAAACCGUUGAACUGAUAUAUCAGAUUUGGACUAGAAGCCUUUCUACUAUUAUCAAAAGCUAGUAGACUAAGGACCAGGGAAAUCUCGUUACCGUGGUAUCUCUACUUCCUGUCCACUGGUGUGAAAGAGAGGCGGGAAGAAGAGAGGCCCUUUUAACGAGUUUGAGACAAGGGACAAGGGGACAUUGUUUUUCCAAAAAGAAACAUUAACAUGAAAAUGUGUUAGUUACUGACUGUUCUCUGUAGACUACACGUAGUCCCUUAUUUUCAGCGCAUUUCAAAAUUUUUUCGAGCGCCCGUCAAAUUGCCUCACAAGAGGAGAAGCAUCCAAACAUUCUGAAGGAAUGUAAAAUUAGUUAUAAAGUAACAAAGGCAAAAGCGACUUGAGUCUUCCUGUUUUUAUUUUAUUUUUUAUUUUUUAGGGGAAGGGGGUGGGGGGGACAGACAAGCCCUCCUUCUUUAGGGAAUAGGACGGGUUGUCCGUCCGAAACAUCGGUAGUAGUCAAGUCGGUUUUGUCCUUGCUCUCUUAUUGUUAAUGUAAAUUUGUCUUAGAUUAAACAGCAGGAUUUGGAUGUUGUCAUCUUAUACAUGAAAACCUUCAACUUGCUGGUCGCCUUUGCCCUUCGUCGCCGGUGGCGAUUUGCGCGCGCUAGCGUAUUUCCCCCGAUCUACUAACCCUGAAGGAAAACAAGGGACUGCUGGUAGUCUAUACCUUCUCUGAGCCUUGAAAGUCCAUCUAAUGGAAACUCCGCCAUUUUGGAUCUCGCAUGACGCCAUAUCGUCCGACUUAAAAACAUUGGCGGGAGGCUUACAUUGGCUGAAAAACUUGGCAUGGUUGACAUUUUCCACAGACGAGAUCAGAACGAAAUCUCACGAGAUGCAAAAAGGUGGAUCGCAAUGCUGUAUUCUUACAAUGCUUGGAGAUAAAUAUGGACUCGAAAGAGUUAAAAACGGCCACCACUUAACACAAUGUCAUUUGUGAUUAGAACAAAAUAAUCUUUUUGCCCAAGUGAGCUUGUCCUUCAGUUGUCUCGUUCGCUUAAUAGGAACAAAUUUUGAAUUUUGAUAGGGCAAAGUCGAGCCAAAAUGAGGAUUUAUCGCUAAUCCGU